AAUUUAUUACUAAUCGCUUACAAGAGGAAAGAAAUAAACUCAUUUUAUUUUUAAAAAAACAAGAUAUAUCAUUAACUCAAAAUCAAUUUACUUAAAAUCAAUUGAUUCAAUUGAUUUGAGUUAAUGUAAAAUCCUAUAUAAACUACAAUCAGACACUCAAACUCCCCUGAGAAGACGAAUUUGUUUGAUUUGUUCCACAAUAAUUUUGUGGUAAUUAACAUUUGGUGUUCUACCAACCCAAAAAUUCACCGGGGGGAUUGUGGCAACCACAUUCACCGAUUGAUGGAUAUGGAUCAACCUUUUUGUGGUGAUAACAAGAUAAUGCAAUCCAAGGUGGUUUGCCAUGUGGAAGAUAGGCCUCCAUGCAUGCCACUUCAUCUCUUCCUUUUCCUAGCCACACUCUCCUCACAAUCCUCUCCCUGUUAUCAACACAGCUGCUCUCCCCAACUCCCCUUAGCCUCAUUCUCAAUACUCUUUCCCAAUUCCACUGAAAAUGGCUUCCACUACCUCUCUCUCCAGUGCCAUGGUCAGCAGCAUCUCCUUUGUCUGCCGCCAGCCGCUGACAAGCAUACACUCCCUUCCUAACUUUAGGCAGGCUCUUUUUGGCCUAAAAGCCCAGAGAGGGGGCCGUCUUAUUAUGGCUGCAUACAAUGUAAAGCUGAUCACUCCUGAGGGAACCAAAGAAUUUGAGUGCCCAGAUGACGUCUACGUUCUUGACCAAGCUGAGGAACUGGGUAUUGAUCUUCCGUACUCAUGCAGGGCUGGUUCUUGCUCUUCAUGUGCUGGAGUGAUUAAACAAGGAAGUGUGGAUCAGUCCGAUGGUAGCUUCCUUGAUGAUGACCAGAUCGCUGAAGGUUUUGUUCUCACUUGCGUCGCUUACCCAAUAAGUGAUGUUGUCAUUGAGACACACAAGGAGGAAGCGCUUGCCGGUUAAAAUAUAAACUCUUGAUCUUUUCUUUCUGAUCUUUCUUGUUCUGUUUGUCUGUUGCUAUUAUAUUGGUUUGCUUAGUGUGGUCAAGGGAUGUUACUGUUUAUGCCCCUGAAUGAGUUACAUGCUUUUAGGUUUUUGUUCAUUUGCAGUCACAAAUGAUAUUGCUGUAGCCCUAAUAAUCUUUACUUGUUUUGCUGAGAAUCAGAUAUCUCAUUGUUCUUGUUC